AAGAACAUGUUGAAACAUAGAGACUGGAUGUGUUAAUGUUGAAAACUCUUGAGGCAAAUUGAAAAUAAAUAAAUAAAAUGAUUUUUGCUGAACUUCUGAAAAAUUCCUCUCAGACCGUUCCUACUGAGCUAAUGAAGGAAAAAAUUGUUGGACGUUGAAAUAUUUAAAUUAGACUUGAAAUUAAUCAAAUAUUUUUUACAUUCUCAAACAUUGUGGUUGGAAAGGAAAAAUAUUCAUAGAAUAAUGUUUUCAUAAAAAAUCUUCAUAAUAAUAUUGAAUUGUGCAUUGAACAUUUUGUAACAUAAAUUACACAACCAAGAAGAUAAAAAAUUUAAGCCAAAAUACACAAUCGGCAUCGAAUUCAACCAUCUGUUGUCUGGUUCCGACGAACGAACGUCCCAGACGGAAACCAUCGUUGAAGAAUGAACGAGAAAGAAGUCCCACGAUCCACUGUUUACGGUUGUGACGAAGGGAAUGGAUGCUUCAGAGUUUUAACGCGAUUCCGGAGCAGGUCCUCAUUUAUCACGUCCUCACGUCUCGGUGCUGCACAGAAUUAUUAUUAUGGUCGAUUCUCGGAACCUUUGCAGGAGUAUUCGUGCUUGUGUUUGCCGUUUUAGAGAUUUGCAUCGCAUUAGGGUUCACAUUCUGUACUCCUCAUGACACAUGAAGGUUCCCGAAGCCUGCUUUAUCUCAUGGAGCUAGACUGCAUCUGAAACAUCGAGAAUCGGUUGUUACAGCAGGUUAUUUGGCGAGGACCGUUCCUAAGGGUGCGAAAUCGUUGCAUGUAUGGUCUAUGAACGAGUCUCCAUUGGAAUCAUUGAAGCUCGGAUAGAGACAUUUGCUAUUGAGCGUGGCGUCGUAAAUCAUGGUGCAUAACGACCACGAACGUCUACAAAGAAUGAUAGAUGAAAUAUGUUGUUGUAUAAUACAUGUUGAAGACGGGAAGUGAAAGAGCGGUGAGAUUGGUAGCAGGAACUCAGACCUCUCGAAAGAUCGACUGAUGAUCCUUUCAAACGUACUCAUCCCCGAGUUACAGGUUUGGUCCAGUUUAGAAAAGGAUGUUGCUACAAACGUGUCGUUGCUAAUGCCUGUCUUCCUUCGAAGCAAGCAAAUGAGAAAGAAGAGCUGCAACAUCUCAAGUCUUGCGCAUGUGGAAUCGAACCUCCGCUACAAGUGCAUCACCUGAGUGCUGGAUGGUUUACUCCAUUUUGAAUGAUGUGCUGAAUUCGUGGAUGCAUUUAAGGGUACUCGAAAUAAACACUGAUUUGUUCAUCAUUAUCGCUGAGAUCCUUUAGAGCACCUACGUUCGGGCGAAGCAAUGGCGGAGUCCAAAGCAGAUGGGGAUGAGGACCAUGAAGAGCCAGAGGUGCUUACGGAGGAAGAGAAGAUGGCCAAUAUUCGUGCCGUUCGCUUUACAGUAAUUCCGAAGUAUGCGGAAAUAUUACAAGAGGCAUAUCCACUGUUUGUCAGAAAAGGAGCAAAGGAGAAGACUCAGAUUCAUGAAAGCCAGAUCCCUCAUCUGAUGCGCUCAUUAGCUUUCAAUCCCAGUGAAGAACAGAUUGAGCGUCUCAUUGCUAAUGCUAAAUACAAGGAAAAGCCUUUAACACAAAAGCAACAUUAUGAAUACGACAAUUUUGAGCAGCGGAUGAUGGAAUUUUUAUUUAACGAGCCUGAAGCUUUCCAACGCAAAUCAGAAAGCGAAGUUUUGGAAGCACUGUUGACGAUAAGCAAGGGGCGGAAGGAGAUGGACGCCGAAGAGCUCAAAACUAUAAUGAAGACUCGAGGAACCCACCCUUUCACUGAAGAAGAAGCAACAAACAUGCUGCGAAUAGCUAGAGACAAAGAUACUGGAAAAGUGUAUUUGGAAGAAUACUGCAAAAUUCUGGCUUUUGAUGGUUUGCCCCCUCCUAUAGAUCCCCUUGAACCCAUCGAUGAACGUUUCCGAUAGUUGCAAACUUAGAUUAUCAACAGACGCAUGCUAUAGUUAUGAAAAUCAAUUGUUUACAACUGUAUUUAGUGCUGACAAAAUUGAUAAGCUCUGUUCAGUACAUGUAACUCAUGGUUUAACUCUUCAGUAAACUAAUUUUCUAGGUGUAACAUCCUUUUAGAAGUCCGUUUUUUAACAUGCAGAACACUUACUGUUGGACGCGAAAUUUUCAACUUCAAAUAUGAUAUUGAAGUUACAGCACACUACUUUUCUGAUCGCAUUCUAACGGUGGGUUUGCUUGCUUGUACGUUGCCUCCAUGCACUUAAGUACUGGUGUAGUGGAACCUGGCGAUAUUGUUGCCUUCCCAGCUUACAUAGGUUCAGUUAUUUAGCUUGGAGGCGCUGAACCUUCUCAAAAGGUAAUCCCACAGACCUGAUCCUGGUUUUGAGAGGGCAGUCUGGUGCUGCUUAAAGCUGUAUUCAUAGUAAUUGUAAGAGAGUUCUUUGGGGUGUUAGAUGUUAUUAAGUGCAUGCAGAAACUUGGCAAUGUGCAAUACGGUUGAUGCAUAAAUGUUAAAUGAAACAAUCGUCAAAGAAAAAGGAAUGAGAAGGCCUUGGUCAAAUCAACUAUGUUACAUUCUACUUGGAGUUAUAUGUAAUCUAUAACUAUUUGUCUGUAUGACUAAUUUUUUUUUUAUUGAAA